CCGCCGCUCGUCGUCGUCGGUCCCGUCGAACGCGACUCGAUAUGAUCGUACUGUUCGGCGUCAACGUCCGUUAUAAUUAUUUCUGCUGUACGCCAGCAUGCGCGGAAUAAUGCGUUUCAUCGAUUUCUGCGACGCUUGAACUGCACACAAUACGAUAUUGUGAAAAUUCCGCCGGACAAAAUGCUGAACUGAAUUCGGUCCGGUGGAAAAUCGGCGUCACGCGUUCCCAUUUAACCGAUUUUCACAAUGGACCUGAUUCAGCGUUACGGAGACAGCGACAGCGAAACCGAGUAAACACACCGUUGAUAUUAUUUGAUCUUUUAACAUUCGUCUUCAGCCGUUAAUUUUUUUUUUAACCCAACAGCGAACCGGAACAUAAAUUGCCCGUACCCGAAACCAUCGCUAUGAUGUUUGACGGCAAGGAGUACCAUCCAAAGCCCAAUAACGAUCCGGCUUCUCAUCAGGGACGUGAACGACUGUUUGAACACGAACGCGGGAAUUGGGCCACUUACGUUUACAUACCGUGUGAGUUUGCAUUGGCAUCUUUGAUAUUUAAUUGAACGAUUGUGAUUGCUGAUGUACAACUUAACGUAUGUCGUAGGCAUUUAUUCAAAUGUCAAAUAGUAAAAAAAAAAAAAAAACUACGAUUUUUCAUAAAAAUUAUACCCAGGUGCAUAUUUUCCCAGGGACUUGAUUAAAUUACGAGUUGGAAAAAUUUCCAAAAAUGUUGAUCAUUGGUCGAUUAAAAAUCGUUUAGUAUUCGACAAUUGACCAGAUUUGUAAAAUCAGUACAGUUUUUACUUUAAAACAUGAUUGAUAAUGAAUUUCAUUUCAGUCAAUAUAUUAACUAUCCAGUACUUGUAAUUAUUAUGUACCUGUGAGAUUUUGAACAGUAUAUUUAUUAUUCGCCGAGCUCGUAAUUUGUAUAUAUUUAGUCAAAUGAUGAAUUCAGGUGUUGUAUUAAUUAAAAUUUAAGCAUCGACUAAUUUGAUAACAAUACGCCUAUAGUGUGUAUUAAUAUAUUUUAUAUAAUAAUACAGUGCCUAUAUUUUCAAGGUCCGGAGAUGGAAUUGGUGGAAAUUAUUCAAGAAAACUUGACUGAAUACGGUCUAGAAAUAAUUAAAAAUCCUCAUAUAAGCCUAACAAGAACAGUCGUGUUGCAAUAUCAUUGGAUACAGCGAUUCAUUAAUGACAUCAAAUCAAAAUUAAUGCCAAUUUUGAGGUCGGUAUUUAUUUUGUAUUGAAGGUUAUGCAUUCUGUUGUAUUAUAAUUAAUUCUUAAUUACCAAUUUUCGAUAUCAUAUUGCACCACUCAACAUAAUUUAUAGACAUUUAAAGUAUUUGUAACGGAUGAGAAAAAUAAUAAUUUGUAUUCCCCGUCAAUUUUUACUUUACACUACUAUUUCGACCAAAUUAUAUUAGAUAUUCACCUUCUAACAUGAAAUUAUAACAUGGAGGUUCCAUUAAAAAAAUUGAAUCGUUUUGUAAAAUGUAUUAUUGCUUCAAAGUCCAAACUAUAAAAAUACAGUUUGAAAAAAUUGUUAUAGUCUGUUAGAUAGAUCUUUUCUGGUUCUACGAAUACAUUUCUAAUAACGCCUUUUUUAAAACAAAUUUAUUAUAAGUUGUUUAAUAAUUUAAAAUUUUUUAUUUUUCCUGUAGGUUUACUGUACGUUUAGGUAAUUUGGAGGUAUUCUGUAAUGAUAACCAUACUAGAACAUUUAUUGGUUUUAAUGCUCAACCACUAGAUAUUUUAUGUCAAUGUGUCGCUCAAUUAGACAGUGUCUUAUCCGAUUACAAUCUACCGAAAUACUAUGAAGUGAGUACUUGUUGUGUAUCUACCUAAUCACUAUUACAGUACAGUGGAACCUUGAUAAGUCAAAAUUCAAAGGAAAUGCAAUUUUUUUUCGAGUUAUCAAGGUUUAGGAAAAAACUUUGACUUAAAGAAUUUUUUAAAUGUAUGUAUAUGUUGAAUUAUUAUUAUUUAUUAUUAAAUGGAAAAUACAAUAAUAAACACAAUAAAUGCAAUUGGGACACACAAGUCGAUUAGACAAAUUAUUAUAAAAAUUAUCCCACACUAUCUAUCUAUAUUCAGAACACACAUGUUAGAAUUAGCUAUAGUUUUUUUCAAGUAAUCGCGGUUUUCACAAUGCAUUGAUUUUGACUUAUCAAGGUUCCACUGUAUAGCCAUUAAAAUUUGAUUAAUAUCUCUUCUCCCUAAAUCUUGGACUUGCGAUGUUUUCCAUUUAUAAUAUCGGAUUUAGUUAAUCGAAGUUAAUACCAAAGUUUAUUUUACUUAGUAUAAUAUUUUCCAUAACAAUACAUUACAUUAUAUCAUAAUUCGUUUAAUAUUAAGUUUUAUUCAUGCCUAUAAAUGAAAAAUUUUCCAUAUUUAUAACAUGCUAACUUGUAUGUGGAAGAAAAUUAAUUAAGAAUUAUUUAGUAAGAAAUUAUUAUUUAAUUUGUUUAUGAAAUUGUCUAUGUAUAUUACCAGAGGGUAAAUUACUAAUGAAAAUUAAUAUAAUUUGAUCUCUGGUAGUCUUAUAGGAAAUCUUGAUAAUUUUUGAAAAAAUUGAGGUAUUCUGGAAUCUGGUGUACAAACUAUUGACUAGUGAUUAAGCUUCUGUAUAUUACCUAAAUAUAAUUGAAAAAUCAUUGAGAGAAAAUCAAAAAAAACUUACAUACUCACCAACUAGAUCCAAAAUGCAACAAAAAAGUUUUUCUUUAUUAAAUUGAUUUAUUGAUUCUAGUAGAAAAAUUGUUUACAGACAGAAAUAAAAAAACCCAUAGUAAAAUCAAUAGAUCCCUCACUACUCUUAAAAUCUUAAAGACUUGCCUAUCUUAAUCAAUUUGAUUUGUUACAUUUGUCAGAUCUUCAGGUAUUGGACACAUUUAUUAAUAUUAAAAUUACUUUUAAUCCUUACAAUUGGAACACAAUAUUUAUAUUUAAUUUGUCUAAUUAAUGUUUUUUUUUUUUCUAGAAUCCUAAGUUUCAUUUAAGUAUUGCUUGGUGUUUGGGGGAUCAGUCUAAUCAUUUGAAGACCAUAUUGAAAUCAUUAGAACAUAAAAUUGAAUUUGACACCAGUCGUUUACUAAGAGUCGAUAUGUUAAUGUGUAAAACUGGUAAUAAAAAAUAUAAAUUUGAUCUCGUUAAAUGAUAUACCUAUUGUUUGUUAAAUGUUAAUUGUUUGUGCAUUAAUCAUUGUUUUACAUCUAUUUUUAAGCAUAUUAUAUUUGUUUGUAAAUUAAAAACCAUAAGUAAAAAAAAAAUAAUAAUAUUUAUGUACUCAUUUAUCAUUCGGUCAAGUAAUUUUGUCAUGUUAACACAAGAUGCUUGCGUAUGUAUGACAAUACUAUUGGGCCAAAAAGCAGGAUGAAUAAAGACAUCAUUAUUUUUGUCUUUUGUACGAGUAUGUUAUUUUGAUGUUUUACAUUUAUAAACAAGUAUAUUAUGAUGGUCUCUUUUCAUUUACACUAGUUUAGAAUGUGCAAAUUAAAUUUUGAUAACAUUGAACACAAUAAUAAUAAAAAUAUAUUAUUAAAAUAUAUCAAGUAUUCGUUAAAUAUUUAAAUACUGUUAUAACCUAUUAAAUAAAUACAUUAUAUCAAUACAUUUUGUAUGAAUAAAAAAAUAUAAUUUUUAUAUUUUACAAUUUAUAACAACUUAAUUACUUAUGACGUAUUCUGUUGAGGCCUCGGUCUGAGUAUUAGUUUUCCGGAAUCGUCACAAGACAUAUUAAAAUCUGCUAGUACUAUCCUGACACGGGACGUGAUUAUCGAUGUCCCUAUCACUUUUUUGUGGAUACCAGUUAGCAGUAAUACCACUGAUUAAAAUAAAAUAAAUUAGUGUUAAACAACAAUGUACUUAAGCUGGAAAAUUAUAUUUUAUGCUUACUAAGUACUAUAGAUGAAAUGGUGAACAAUAAAUGGUUGUACAGUGAUUGGAUGAAUGACACUUUCGCCGUUUGUGGAUCAGACAGCCAAUAAUAAGCACCAAUUGAUGUACUCAAAGUUGAAAGGGCUAAAACUGCUGUAAAACAAAUUAAAAUAAUUAGUGUAAUAUUAUCAUGUUAAGUUAUUGGUAACGAUGAAAAACAAAAAUGAUCAUACUGCGCCAUCGAUUAGUUAUUGGUUUGACAGAAGCGAUGGCCUCGGUCAGUCUUCUUUCAAAAGCUUUCAGAUCUAUAACAUAAAUUAUUUGUCGG